AUGAGCCGACAGUGCUACACCUCCGGCUCCAUCCUGGGCAGACGAGGCUUUUCCUCGGCCUCCGCCGUCUGCGGCCUGGGCAGGGCCAACAGCAGCUCGGCCUCCGUCUGCCAGCCCGUGGGACGGAGGUGUGGGAUCGGUGGCUUCAGCAGCCGCAGCGUCUGUGACCUGGGCCGAGGCCAGAGGAUUUCCUUCGGUGGCAGCUGCCGCAGCGGCGUCUACGGCGGGGCUGGCGUCGGGCGCUGCGGCGUCGCGUACGGCGGGGGCCGCUUCGGCACCGUCGUGGGCUUUGGGAACUGUGCGAGCUUCGGGGGCCUGGGCAGCUACAGAGGCCUGGGGGAUGGCGUGGCCAUGGGGAGCUACGGCGGCGGCAUCGGCAUCGGCCUCGGCGGAGGGAGGUCCGAGGGCAUUCGCGGCGUCAGCAUCCACCCGGAGCUCCUCAAGCCCCUGUGCGUGGGCGUGGACCCCGAGGAGUGCCAAGUGCGGACCCACGAGAAGGAGCAGAUCAAGAACCUCAACAACCAGUUUGCCUGUUUCAUUGACAAGGUGCGGCUGCUGGAGCAGCAGAACAAGGUGCUGACCACCAAGUGGGAGCUGCUGCAGCAGUAUGUGCUCCCAGCAUCCCGGAGAAACUUGGAGCCUGUGUUUGAAAACUUCAUCUGCAACCUGAGGAAGCAGCUGGAGUGUGUGAUGGGGGAGCGAGAGCGGCUGGAGAAUGAGGAGCGGUGCCUGCGGGACCUGGUGCAGGAGUUCAAGUGCAAGUAUGAAGAUGAGAUCAACAAGCGCACGGCAGCAGAGAACGAGUUCGUGGUGCUCAAGAAGGAUGUGGAUUGUCUCUACCUGACCAAGGAGGAGCUGGAGGUGAGGGUGGGCCUCCUGAGACAGCAGCUGGAGUUCCUGAAGUGCAUCUAUGCCGAGGAGAGGGCUCAGCUGGACUGUCAGCUGUGCGACACCUCUGUCAUCGUGCAAAUGGACAACAGCCGGGACCUGGACAUGGAGGGCAUCAUCAAAAGCGUGGAGUGCUGCUAUGAGGAGAUUGCCCAGAAGAGCAAGGCCGAGGUGGAGGCUUUCUACCAAACCAGGCUGGAGGAACUCCACAGCAGCCGGGGCAAGUUCUGUGAUGACCUGAAGAACAACCAGAGUGAGAUUGCCGAACUCAACAGGAUGAUCCAGAAGCUGCAGUGUGAGUCGGACAAUGUGAAGAAACAGAUCUCAGCCCUGCAGACAGCCAUCUGUGAUGCCGAGCAACGAGGAGACUGCGCCCUCAAGGAUGCCCGGCAGAAGCUGGUUGACCUGCAGACAGCCCUGCAGCAGGCCAAGGACAAGAUGGCCUGUCUGCUCAGGGACUACCAGGAGCUGCUCAAUGUCAAGCUGGCCCUGGACAUUGAGAUUGCCACGUACAGGACGCUGCUGGAGGGAGAAGAGAGCAGGAUAUGCACCGGCAACCCUGUGAGCGUAGCCGUGGUCAGCGGCGGGGGCACGGUCGGGGAGUGCCGGUCCCUGUCUGGAAUCGGAGGCAAAUGCACCGUGAAGAGCGGAGGGGCCGGCGCGGGGCUGGGCAUGGUCUCGUCCUUCGGCAACGCCGGGUUCAGCGCCCGCAGCGUGGAUUGUGUGCCCAAGGUCGGGGCGGGAUUCGGGGCCCGGAGCGCGGUCAGCUGCGUGGGGAGGGAGGUGCUCACCGGCGUGGACGGGGUGCAGUGCGCCGCCGGGAUGGGCAACCUGGGCAACCUGGGCAACCUGGGCAGCGUGGUGUGCGCGGGCGUGGAGCAGUGCGGGCCCGGCGCCGUGCUGAUCCCCGGGGCGCCGGGGGUCUGCGGGAACAGGUUCAGCACAGCCGUGCGCGUCGUCAGGACGAGCCGGUAGAGAGCGGCGGGCCCGAGACGGCAGAUUUUAUAAUA